UUGACAUUUUCGGGUCAUUCAUUUUCAUGUCGGGGGAAAAAUGUAAGAUUUUGUAGUCGACUCUGCUGUUAUACCCAAGAUGUUUCGCUUUAUUGAGUAGAAAAAGAGUCCAUCCGUUUGUGAAACCUGGACAGCUAUCCGUAACUAGUCCUAGUGAUACACACACCUGGUGGAGAUGAAUCAGAAGAAGAGCAGAGAACCCCCAAAGGUGACUGGAUUGUCCCCCAAAGAGGGUCAUCCAGGUACGAAGGUCACAAUCAGAGGAGAAAACCUGGGUAUAAAUGCUAAGGAUCUACAUGGUCUGACCAUCUGUGGAGUGAACUGUGUGCUGCUGGCGGAGUGGAUCUCCCCUAGUAAGAUUGUAUGUCGAACGACAAACUGCAGAGGAACUGGUGAUGUCAUCGUCUCCACCAAAUCAGCCGGGGAAGGGACAUGCACCGUUAAAUUCAGAAGUGUUCAGUUCCUACCAAAUCCUUUACAAGAGUGUCCAAUUUGGGUUGAUGAGUCUGCUUUCUUUGACCGUCACCUGACCACUAUCCAUAGACCCUCAUCUCCCCUUCAAGGUGGCCCGGAUGACCCACUGGGAUUGUCCGUCGAAAGUGCUUCUGUGUUAUCCGAUGAAGAACUGACAUCAAUGUUUCCGAUGGGUAGCGGUAACCUAGCUCAUAAGAACUUUGAGCCAGUGUGGUAUCUCAUUGAAAACCAUGGCUCCACAAGCUUUGACGACCUAAAGAAAGGGCUUGCCCACAUCCAGAAACAAUCCUCCAGUCUCAAGACGGAAGGUCCUCAGACAUUCAUCAAAUCCAAUCUAGGAACGUUCAUGAACUGCCAGGACAUACUAGCAGCAAUCCAUGGCAGCCUCGUGACCCAUGAACCUCUUGGUGUACCUCUUUCUGAGGUCGGCGAGGAUCAGGAGGAAGGGGAAGAGGUGACGCCCCGGGGGUACACGCUGGAGAUACUCGAGGAAUCACUCAUACAAUGCAAUGAGAAUGCCCAACGUAUCUUCAAGAGUGUCCUCCACCGUAAGGACCGCGCUGAUUCCACACGGAACGCCCUCAACGUUCUAAAUCGCUUCAAGUUUCUCUUCCAUCUACCAAUCACAAUCGAGCGCAACAUCAGAAAGGGUGACUAUGAGGUGGUGAUCAACGACUAUGAAAGAGCAAGACAGCUCUUCUCAGAAACAGAAGUUUCCGUUUUUAAGAAAGUUUAUGAAGAAGUUGAGAAGCGAAUCGUUGAAUUGAGAGUUCAGCUGAAAGAGAAACUCAUGGAGUUACCUUCAACUCUGGAUGAGCAGAAGAAACUUAUUAGGUAUUUGGUUGAGCUAGAAGCGCCUGGGGAUCCCGGCUGGGAUUGCAUUCGAAACCAGCAGCAUUGGCUCCUUAAGUUAUUACAGAAAUGCAAAGAUGACCAUCUCCAAUUGGACCAGCAGAAUAAUCCAGAACCAACGAGUAUCACCCUCCGAGCUAAGAGCCAUCACACCAGAAACAGAUCAGGCUCUUUCAGUCAAAUGAAAAACAUCACAACGGACCCUUCAGAGGGGAAGGAUAGUCCUCCUCAGCGUGUUCUUCUGUUGGAGGAGUUAGUAGAUGUGUUACAACUCACCCUACCGGACUUGUGCAAGUUGGGUCUGUCCUACUUCUCUGCAUCUAUCGUUGCAGAGGCCGGCGGUAAGGACAUGAAUAUUGACAGAAACAAAGAAAAAAACUUCAGGCAAAUGGUGACAGAGGUGACGGUGUUAUUUGCAAACCUCGUUCGGGCAGCCUUCCUCCCAGACUCUCUGUGCAAACUGCGUAAUGAAGACCGGGCUAAGUAUGGAUUUUGGUCGGACACCAGGCAGGAGGGUGCAGCAGGGGCGUGGCUUCCCCCUUGUGUACGCAGUGUCAGAUCCGUUUUGGGUUCAAUGGCAGCAUUAGAUGUCCCCUCCUCUGCUUUGGAUCAUGUCCAUUCCUUAGUAGCUGAUCUUAGAGUCCACUGCAUGGAGACGCUCUUCAAAGAAGCCAAGGAAGAUAUCCGAGGUCUUCAUACCAGAGAGACUUGGGUUCUGCAGAUGGAUGAUCAUGGAGGAAUCACAUCAUUGCCUGUUCUGUUUGAGAGCAUGGUGGUAGACGUUGUUCAACAUCUCCAAGAAGUGGUCAGCGUGGAAAAGGCAGGAGAACGAGAUAUUUUCAGUGAUUACGACGUGCAGCGGAAAACUGUGACACUGACGUCGGAUAUCUUGAAGGCAUUUGCUGGUUGUCUUGAGCAGCUGGCAUUCAUGGGGGAGACUGAAGCAGACACUCACAGACUCAGAUUAUCCGAGGCACAGAUGAGAAUACCUGUGUCUUUGUUCCAGUCGGCCGAGGAUAGCCUGCCCUCUAUGGAGCAAUGUCUGGUGAUUGUUUUGAGUAACUGCAACCAUGUAUCUCAGUUUGUAAUCCCCAACCUAGUGGAGCAGUUCAAGAAGCAAGGCUACCCAUGCAUGCUGGAGAUGGAAAGGAACGCCCAAGAAGCUUACAUUGAACUUGAUGAGAAGAUCUUUGAGGCGUACUGUGAGCAGAAGACGGAUCCACUAGUAGGAGCCUUAGAGCCUGGUCUGUAUGCUGGACACUUUGACUGGAGUGAUUGUCCAACGCCAAAAGUUGUCCGCCCCUACAUCAAGGAGGCCGUCAUGGCCGCCGUGGGCAUCCACGCCGAAGUGCACGCCAUCGCUCCCGCCUUCAUGCCCCGCGUGAUGGCCAGAGUCCUGGAGGCAAUCGCAGAUGAGAUGGCUCGUCUGAUGGGAUGCAUCACGGAGUUCAGUCAGACUGGUGCCAUUCACGCUAGGCUAGAACUGGCUACCAUGGAACAUGCAUUGACCGCGUAUAGGAACGCUGGGACCAGUGAUUCUUUUAAAGAGGCGUUAGAUGGUGUACCAGAGUUGUCAAGUGCAGAACUGAAAAGAUUGUUGGAGGAUCUUCAAGUUGUCUUCCAGAACGAGAUGAGGUUUCAGCUUUCUUGUUUCACCACAGAUUCUUCUGAUUCCAACUCAUUCUACUAAAAGAAGUCACCUCCUUGCGGACUGGACACUCUUUCUUUCAUUCAACUCAUUUUUAUUUAAAAAACAAAUCUUGUAAGAAAUUGAGUACAUUAUUUGAAACUACUUACAUGUAGAACGAAUGUUAUUUUUGUACAAAUACAUAUAAGGAAAUUAUUUCUAGCAUAAAAAUUAUUAACAUAUGUAGAGGUCAGCUCUAAGAAAUACAAUUAAGACAAAUCUGUUUAAACAAUUGUCAGUGUACAUCUAACCUUGUUCCCAGAUGUGUAUAAUCUUGCCGUGCCCUUUCCCCCCAGAUUGCCCUGCUGGAUCAUGACCCUGGAAACUUUGAAAUAUCCAAAUAUAUUGGAUAUUUUAUUUAGUCCCAUUGUUGACCCAUUCUGUGUUAGAGACAGAUUUGCAAAGUGCAUCAUCAAAACACUCAUUAAGUCGCUGAGCAACUGAUCCCCUGUCAUUCUUCUGGAUCUUGUGAUAAUGUCUAACUGUAUGAAGUUUAGGGUGACCGUGUACAAAAAUUGAGUCAUUUGAAGUGGAUUGCGCAAGUAUUUCGGCUCCUGCCUGGGGCUCUAUGUGGAUUGGGUUUUCAGUCCCUACUUGACUGCAUCGGUUCUCCCUGGAAUAAUUCUCUGGGUUUUCCUCCCACAACUUAAACUGAAACUACCUUCCUUGUCUUCUAUUCGUUGGUUUCUUGGCUUGGAUUGGAAUUCUUGGCUUCAGAACCAGAAUGCAUAAUAAUACUCAGUUCUUAUAAAGCGUGAUCACACCCCAAGAUGUGUAGCAAAUCUCAAACUUUUCCUGCAAGGUAUGUGAAGCUAGGAUUAAUACAAAAUAGCUAAAUAAAGUCAAUAACUAUAAUUAGAUUUUAAAAAAAAUUCUAAUUUUGAUUAAGUUUUGAGUUUGUUCCUUAAAACCAUUAUACACUUUCGGUAUAUAAAAAAAAAAAAAAAAAUCACAGAUUUACAAAUAAUUUACAGGGUUUAC